CGGAUUCAUUUAUACUCGGCAGUAAAUCAAAAUAGUUCAAAUGUAUAUAGACAUUGAUUGCACUGAUAACAAUGACAACAUGUCAAAUUUGAAGGUCAUUGUUUACUAGUUGUGCAGGCAUUUAUUGUGCAUUUUAGUAAAAUAAAAAAAAAUAACCAAGGCUAGCUCGAUAGUGUAAUCUAUACAUACUUAUAAUCUGUCACAUAUCGCAUUUAAAGGAACGCUAAGGUAGACUCAACUUAAUAGGACAUAACAAAGAACAGACAAAUCAAAGCAAGGUUUAAUUAUCACGGAAAACCAGAAUAAAAUAAAAUUGAUAUAAUGCCUCAAACAUAUCUGCGAAAGUAUGGUCAUGUGACAACUGCUGUCUAUCAGUGUGGCUUCAGAAUCACCAAAGAGUUGUUUGACAAACGAGUAAAGGAUUUAACGCCACCAGGUCACGACCCAUCUCCAUGGACUGUCGACGACUUUUUGCAUAAAGAAAUGGAUAUCAUACUUAAACAUGAUCUUGGCAAAGAUUUGAAGAAAACCCUGUUCCCUGGAUUUAAAAUACCAACUGACACUGAAGCGUGGGAUCUAAAUACAUUCUGUUUCCUUUUAAUUCAUUUCUGUAAACUGCGAAAAAAUGUCAAACACGACAUAAAUCUAUUGAGAAAAUUAAGGAAUGAUUUAGUUCACAUUGCAGAAAAAGAAAUGGAUUUAAGCGACGAUACAUACAAAACAUCUCUUGAUCUGAUUGAAAAUAUCAUAAAAAGAUGUUCACAAGCGCUAGGAACACCUGAGCUAGAAGACGAAUUACGGCCGUGUUUAAGAGAUUCGGAUGUAAUGCAAUCAGCUAAUUUUGAAGAGAUUAAGGCGAAAUUGAGAAAAUGGUCAGAAGACGAAGAAAAAUAUAAUGUUUGGCUGGAAAUAUUAUAUGAAGAUCUUGAGGAAUUUAAAGCACAAUUACUUCGCAUACAAGAAAACUAUGAGAGGAGUGGAAGAAAUGCAAGAUUUCCAAUACCACUUUCAAUUGCAAUAAGGUUUAUUGAAAUCGGCAGAGCAUUAGAAAAUGCUGUUUUUGCUGCAACAAAUGAUGAAAGUAAAACGACAACAGAAAUUGUUGCUAGAGUCAGAGCAUUAUUUGAAUUAAUUAAGGAUGAUGUUCGUGAAAUGGGCCCAGAAGUUGAAAGCAACAGCUCUGGUUCCAUUCUGUUCAAAUUCACCUGCUUCUCGGUAUCGUCUCUGAUAUAUUUGAUCAACUACUUUAGCGGCCCGAUUCUUCACAGACGCGUUCACGAUAUCGCUAAAUCAACUAAUGAAAAUGAAGAGGGCAUGGUAAAAAUACAGAUUUGCGUCCCAGAAGAAAAUCAUCAAAACAUUAUCCGACAGCUAGAAAGAGAUUCGACAUCCUCAAACGACUAUCAACCACCUUCCAAGAAAUUGAGAGUUUCCACGCAUGUGUUUAAUGAUCCGUUGUAUGGUCAAAUAGAGCUUCAUCCAUUGUGCGUAGAUAUCAUUGAUACACGACAGUUUCAGAGAUUGAGGUACAUCAAACAGCUGGACACAUGUUACUAUGUCUAUCCUGGAGCUAGCCAUAAUAGAUUUGAACAUUCUAUUGGUGUUUGUCACUUGGCGGGAAAACUGUUGCGAGUUCUAAAAGAACGUCAGCCUGAGUUGGACAUUACAACAAAGGACAUUCUAUGCGUAGAGAUUGCUGCUCUUUGUCAUGAUUUAGGUCAAGGACCAUUCUCCCAUGUGUUUGAAGAUAAGUUCCUACCAGCUAUAGAUCAAGACAGUAAAUGGAGGCAUGAACGUGCCUCUGUGGAAAUGUUUGAAGAUAUGAUACAAGAAAGAAAUGGUAAACUUUACAAACUAUUCCGUGAGUAUAUACCGGGAUUAGAAGAUAGAGAUAUAAUUUUCAUCAAAGAACUGAUCGGGGUACCUCCGGAGCCAACGUCUGAGAAGAUUUUGCAAUUCAAAGGAAGGGACAAGAACAAAAGUUUUCUUUACGAGGUGGUUGCUAACCAUGUGAAUGGAAUAGAUGUUGACCGCUGGGACUAUAUUGCCAGGGAUAGUUACAUGCUAGGAAUGAAAUCUGUUUUUGAUCACAAUAGAUGCAUUCAACACGCUAGAGUAAUUAUAGCAGAGGGGCGAAAACAAAUUUGCUACAGAGAUAAGGCCGCUCAAGACCUGUAUGAUAUGUUUUACAGUAGAAUGGCACUGUACAGAAGGGCGUAUCAACACAAGACGCACAAUAUCAUCGGAUUAAUGGUCCGUGACGCAUUGCUUGUGGCAAAUGAGAAACUAUUUUUUAUUGGUGAAAAUGGCCGACAGGUAAAACUAUCUGACACUAUAAAAGACAUGAAGGCUUUUACCCAUCUGACAGACGACAUCCUGCAGCAAAUACAAAGGUCAGUUGAUAAGGAUUUGGAAACCUCUAGGGAAAUAAUAAACAGGAUUGUUCAGAGGGAAUUUUACAAGUGUGUCACACAAACACAAGUCGACGUUAAGCAGAAAGGUUGGAUAGUUGAGACUGAAGUUCAAGAAAAUCUUUUUAACAAGAUUAAUCAGAAACUGCCCGAACCAAGAGAUUUGUCAAAAAUCAUUGAAAUUGAUGUUGUUAACCUGGACUAUGGAAGCAAAGAAAAAGAUCCUAUUAUGAACGUCUGGUUCUUCAAAAAAGGACAAGAACAAAAAGCCAUAAGAAUAAACAAGGAUCAAGUUUCCUUUAUCCUUCCGGACACGUUUGCAGAACAAUAUGUUCGAAUCUACUGUAGUGAAACAGACCUGAACUUAUUCGAUAUCAUUGAAAAGUCCUUCCAAGAAUGGUGCACGGAAAACAAUAUUCCGCCACCAAAGGGUUCCGACAUACCAUAGGUAUAAAUAAAAGAGGAAAGUUAGACAGAGCAUUAUUUUGUGCUGGAACACUCAUUUUACACUUAAUGAUGAUUAGUGUACUAUACUAUACAACUAAGUGCUUUGCCUGUUCAUAUUAUGAACAAGAGAAAUGGACAACUGAAAACUUGUAUUAGAUGUAUUAUUAACCCUUACUUACUUUGCAAAUUUGCACGAAAUAUUGUUUAUUUCAUUUUUAUCUUUUUUAUAUGCUCGAUAAAAUUUGGCGUGUAUUGCUAUGCAACUGGCAGUCCGUCCAACCGUCCGUUCGUCUUUUGUUAAUUUCGUGACCUCUCUGUUUGGAAGGAAAUUGAAACAACUUAACAAAAAUGUAAACCAUAAUAAGACAAUAAUGAGUUUGACCUUCCACAGGUCCAUGUCAUACGUAUAAUCACCGAGAAGAACCAAACAUUAGUGACAAAACUCAUUACCCUGAUAUCUAAAAAAUGGCUCCGUUCAGGGUCGGGCGGCGUCACAUUAAUAAUUAUAUGGAGCACAUGCCUUUAAAAAUUUAGCAUGUAGCAUCACUUUGUUGAUUUUAUAAAAGUGAAAUUAUUACUUCUGUAUCAUGACCACUCAAGAUGUUACUUGUCUUUGAUCAUUGACUUAAAUUGAUACUUGUACUGUGAGUUCUUUUAAGUAAAGAUUUCAAUUACAACUUGGUAUGCACACUGGGUUUUUAAAGGAGUACAUAUACAAUGUAAUAGAUCUCAACAAAAGUUAAAAUAAAUAGCCAUAAAUCUCUAUGCCCUGGUGCCACUAAGUAUCAUAUUGAUAAUUGAGAUAAAGCAUGUUCCGGACAAGUGUAAUGAAUCUGAAUCGGUCUCUUCUGUUAUUCAAACAUUAUUUCUGAUUUCAUUAAAAUUCUGAUUACUAGAAAAGAGGUAUAUUGCCCCGCCUUUGCGGUGCUCUUGUUGAUUCUUGCGUGUAGUGUAUAUCAAUGUGUAAACAGGUCUUGUUUAAUGCUUGUGUAUUUAUAUUUUUCGUGUACACUUUUCUUAAUGGGACUCUUAUGAGAUGUUUUGACACGUACUAGAAAUAAUUUUUCGAGAUUAUUGCCCCAUUUAAUGUAGGUCUAGACCAAUAACUUGUGUACAACUUGCAACCUUUUUCCAGUUUGGUCAUUUUGCAUAACACAACUAAUUAUUCUGGAAAACAAUGAAUUACCUAAAAUUUUGCACACACGUUUUUAGUCACUUACUACAUAAAAUGCUACAAAUGUUUCGAAAAAAAUACAUUUUUAGUUUAUUCUUUUUAAAAAAAUACUUCAGUGGAGUCCCUCUAAAAGUAAAAAGCAAAAAAAUAUUUUGUGCGUAGCGUAGAUGUUUUUAAGUGUUUAAUACCUCUAUCAUUAGAGCAGAAAUUAUUGUAUUUCCAUAAUUAAAUUAUAACUAUUUUAAUCACUGCCAUAGUUUUUAGAGUCUGCACACUUUGUUGGAUGACCAGCACUUUGACGUGUUUAUUAAUGUUUCAAUACAUUUCUUACUACUUGCGUGUAUUGUGUUAUCAUAUAACCAGUGACAAAUAAAGUAUUCUUUG